AAAUUUCAUUUAAUUUUCAUUAUUUUCAUCAAUUUUCAUAACACCUAUAUAUACAACAUAUUGGGCGCGUCGUCCGGGAUCUCUCGCAGACAGUUUAUGCUUGAAUUAAGGAACAAAUCACUGUUGUAUUAACCAAGGUUUUAUGAUCUAACGUUACCCUGUGACUGUAACGGGUGUAAAGCAAACAAAAAAACGCACUCUGAAGGGAAAUUCCAGAGUAGCAGGGUAUAACAAAGACAAUUGAAGUAAGAUUAUUUGCUCGAGUCAAACUGACCACAUCCUGUGAUACAAGUGUUUUAUACGUGCUCUGAAGGGAAUACCAGAGUCACAUGAGUCGAACUGAUGCAUUCUGGAUACAACUGUUUUGAUAUGCACUCUGAAGUGAAAUUCCAGAGAUGCUCGUAUUAAGAGUAAUUUUUGAGUGGAUUGCGGGAUAUUGGGAACUUGUACCAAAAAGGUCAGGCCGAUCUGCUACAGAGCAAACAAAUCAGGGAGACACAUGGAAGGUGAGCUGUAUUGAUGACAUUGGGACACUGCUUAAGAACUGGAUAAAAUGGGAGAAAAGCGAACACGAUGUAAAAACAUCAGGAAUAGCUACGCUGAACUCAGACCCUCUCGCACAGACAGACAAACAGAGAUUAUGGGAUGAGGAAAAUUUCGGAAAAGAAACAGGUGGGACUGAUAACCCCGAAGUCAGAGUGAGACAGAAUAUUAAAACUAAAUCACCAGGAGAUUAUGUACUAAUAACGCGAGAAAGGGCGGAGCCGAAGCUCCGAGGCAACUCUCCAGGAAAACGCACACCACGCACAGACGGCCGACACAAACAUCGCGACAGGCACGACGCACCAGACAAAUAUAAAUCAAACACCCCACAAAAACCACAUAAGUAUGAGCCAUGGGACAAACAUGAGUCACCGAGCAAAGUUGACCCACGUUACAGGCGCAAAAUACACUACAAAAAUCAUGUUAAGCAACGCCACCGUGAUGUUAAUGACUCAUCCGAAUCUGACUCGGAUGACGAUGAUCAACUUUCCGAAUACUCGUUCAGUAGUAACACUCUGAGAUUGAUGGACAAAGCUCUCGUCCGAAUUCCCUAUUUUGAUCCACACAAUAAGAACAGGGACAUUCACACUCACAUCGUAACGGUAGAAGCAGAAGCAAUGAUCAGGGGUCUGAGGAAAACGGAUGAAAAAGCGAGUUUGCUGAAACGCAGCUUGCAUGGACAGUCCAUAUCAUGGGUAAAGUCGCUACCAUACGAGGUUCGGAACGAUUUUAAAAAGCUGAGCCUGGCAGUGAUUCGGAAGUUUGGAGAAUAUCUAACACUGUCUGAGGGAUUUAACGCUGCAAAAUCUAUGACCCAGUGUGCAGACGAGGAUCCUCGGGAUUACCUCAUGCGAUUUAAAAGAGCGUACUACGCAGGCGAUGUGGAUCAGUAUCACGAAGGUGACAAAAGGUUCAAAAUUAUGUUUUUUGGAUCUUUGAGUCCAGAGAUUACAGAAAUUGUGGGAAUGGUCUUGAGUCCAGAGACAGCCUCCUUGGACCACAUAGUGGAUCGGGCACACAUGGCUUGGCAGUACCGGACUAAAAACAAUGAUUCCACAGCACACAGAGAAUGGGGCAAGGUAACCAGCCUAUCAGAGGAAAAGAAAAAACAUGUGAGGCAUUUGAUGCACGCAGGCCCACAGUGCAGAAAACAAAAAGCACCCACGGAUUACCAACAUAAUUACAUACACGGGUGGUCAGAUAACAAUUACACGAGACAAUGGCACGCAGACCGGGAGCGAUCGCAGCGUGCAGAGACGCGUAUUUGCGACAAUCGCCACGGGUGGAAGCAAAGAGCAGGACCAUAUCUUCACCCAAUGCAGCGGCACACAGCCGGCCAAAAUUACCCACACAGAUGGCGAGAUAACAAUUACGGUCGACAGUGGCACAUAGAGAAUGGGCGGCCACGACACACAAAGACACAUAAUCGCGAGAAUCACGGCGUGUAUAGGCCAAGAGCAGAAUCACGCCGAUUCCCCAUUCCACGAUACACAAGGGGCACACAUGGCUUGGCUGUAACAAAGAGGGUGACAUGGGCACGUGAUAAAUCGCUCACACUGGUUGAGAGGAAAAUGACAGGGAAAGAGGUGUCCGCUGAUCUGAAAAAAAAAUCACAGCCCUUGGAAAAAAUCAAGCAGGCUGGAGGUUACAAACAGAACCAAGAGGGGAACCAUGAUUGUGGAAAACUAAAUGCGCCAUGCACACGCUUUGAUGUGGUGGGGAACGCGAGAGUCGCUCCCGUGGUGAACACACCUAUUGAACAAGGAAAAUUAACCAUGAAGCGUGAUCUAACAGGAAAUGAUAACCAACAGGAUCGGGAGGAGAAACAUGCUUGUUUGGUAAAUGGAAACGCGAUCAAUUGUGUCGCAAAAUUGCGUGAGAGUACAGUAAAAGUGCCAGGGAAACGCGUUACGGAGACAAAAAUCCAUGAUGGAUUGGGGAAUGUGUGGAAAUCCAGCACACGCAAAAACAUGGAAUCGAAUCGAGGCACGGAAUCGGAUCGUGGUACGGAGUCAGCAAAUCUGCACAUGGCUGCGGAGAAGGCAAAUGACCCCAACAGUCGAGCACGAAAACUCGUGUUGUGUACUAAUCCUGGUGGCGCUCGACAUGGCUUCACGCCACAUAAACCCACAGGGAAGGCGAGGGAUAAAAAAAAUUACCGAUACGAACCAAGGAACCGUGCUCAUUUGGCUAAAGCCAUACCGACGAUGAACCAAAACGACGAUGUGAUGAUGUUGCAUGGAAAGGUCACAGGUUACUCGAAAAUACCUGGUCAUGAGAAAAAUUAUUCUGUACUUUUGACCAAACGUGGCAGUAAGGUUGCCAAUAACUUGGUAAACAUUAAACAAAGAGAUGCCAGGAGGGAAACGGUGUACCACCGGGCUCGAAACCGCUAUCCAGUGUUUCCCAGGAACUGAAACAAAAAUCAAAGCAAUAAUUGA